AUGAGGCGUUUCCGUGCUCAAGUGGGUUGGGACUCGAACAUUUCCACUAAGGAGUGGAAUAACCCGAGGAAAAAAGAGGAAGACAACACUGCUGUAGCCGUAUCGCGCAGUUAACCCACUACCUCAAAGCUCACGGCGUAAUAUGAACGUCAGAAACUCGGACGCACGGUCUCGUGAAAGGUCCUGUAAGAGGAAUCCUCACGUGGACGCAGCUGGAGCAUGAAAACAUCUCAGUACCCGAGACUCAGGGAUAGCUCCGCUCCUCUUUCUCCUCCUCACUGAUAAUUGACAGUAGUGGUGUACCAACACAAACGCCGGUGUUUUUUAGCACUUGGACUGAAUAUGUACCAGGGACAUUCACAGGAGAAAGACUCUAGGGCGGUUGCUAUGGUGCUGAAGGAGCUACCAAGUAAGGCAUCCUCAGAUGGAAAACCCCUGCUCACCGUGACAACCAAGCUGUGUAGUGAGCAGCAAGAGAGCCGUCCAUUACUGAGCCCUUCUAUUGAUGACUUCCAGAGUGAGAGCAAGAGUGAUGGAGCCACACGGCCAGUCACCUCCAACACAGCAGCACUAGACUUGGUGGACCUGAGUGAACCUUGUGAGAGAAGGUGGAGCUGGGACAGAUGGAGUCCCCGUGGGUCUCGUAAGAAUGGUUUCUCUAAGAGUAGCCUUCGCAAGAAGAAGACUGAAGAGACGGAGCUGAUCCAGGUGGAGACAGAGCCAUCAUCUCCCAGCCGCUCUAAUCCUGAAAGAGCCUCUUUAGAUUCAGUGAGCAGCUCACCCUUGGAGAAAUGGGAGGAGGUGAGCCUUCACCCAGACAGUGCCUUGAAUGGAGGGCGGAAGUGGAGAUAUGAGAGGAGGAGGUGCACCUCCAACCAUUCCUCUAGUGAGCUUCUGUGGUCUGCAGACUUUAAAACAGAUUUGUCUAACAGGCAUAGUGUGCUGGAGCUCAGCAUUAGCACAGAGUCAGACCCUGGGCUGGCCCCUCAGCGGCAGAGGCCCCAGCUGGGUAGUACUUUACUGGGGAGACAACACUCAUUAGAGGAGGAGUUUGUUCGAGCCAAGGCUGCUGUGGAGUCAGACACUGAGUUCUGGGAUAAAAUGCAGGCAGAGUGGGAGGAGCUUGCACGGAGGAACUGGUUGGAGGAUGCUGACAGUGAAGGCCUGGUUCCAGUCAACUUUUCAUCCACUGAGAAGGGUUAUUACUUCCAUACCAGUAACCCUUACAAAGACUACACCAAUGCCUUUGAACAGGGGCUGCAGAAAUGCAGGGAUGGGGAUCUGAACAGCGCUGUACUGCUGCUGGAGGCGGCCAUCUUACAAGACCCUCAGGACUCAGAGGCUUGGCAGGUUUUGGGUACCACACAAGCAGAGAAUGAGAAUGAGCAAGCAGCCAUUGCUUGUCUUCAGAGAUGUUUAGAGCUGCACCCAAACAAUCUAAAGGCCCUGAUGGCUCUGGCAGUGAGCCUGACUAACACAGGACAGCAGCCGGAAGCCUGUGAGGCUCUCCACCGCUGGAUCAGAUACAACCCUAGAUACAGACAUCUACUCCAGGACCGCAGCCCUCUGGACGGUUCCCCACUGCCUCACCGCAGAGGGUCCUCCAUAUCCCCCAUCUCCACUCUCGGAUGCUCUCAGCUGGUGGAAGUGUUGGAGCUGUAUCAAGAAGCAGUGCAGCAAAAUGCUGAAGGGGUGGACCCUGAUCUCCAGACAGGCCUUGGUGUGCUCUUCAACCUCAGUUCAGAGUUUGACAAAGCUGUUGACGCCUUUAAUGCUGCACUUUCUGUCCGACCUGAGGACUAUCUGCUGUGGAAUCGGCUAGGGGCCACACUGGCAAAUGGGGACCGCAGUGAGGAGGCGGUGGAGGCCUACACCAGAGCUCUUGAGCUUCAGCCAGGCUUCAUCCGUUCGAGAUACAACCUCGGCAUCAGCUGCAUCAACCUAGGGGCACAUCGGGAGGCAGUGAGCAACUUCCUGACAGCUCUGCACCAGCAAAGGAAGAGCAGAAGUCAUCAGGUGAUGUCCAGCAACAUCUGGGCAGCUCUGCGGAUUGCCCUCUCCUUCAUGAACCAGCCAGAACUUUUCCAGGCAGCCAGUGUGGGAGACCUGGACCUCCUAAUGAGGGCCUUUAACAUGGACAUGUGAUCAAA